AUGCCCCCGCUGCCCAGCACUGUGGGCCUGGCAGUCCUGAUCUUCUGGGCAGGCCAGACAGUGAACACCUUGAUGCCCAAUGCCACCCUAGUGCUGGCUUGGACCGAGGGCACAGCAGUGCACUCUCUAAGUGGCCUGGGGGUGCCCCACUACCGGCGGAAGCGCCACAUCUCUGCCCGGGACAUGAGUGCCUUACUGGAUUAUCACAACCACAUCAGGGCCAGCGUGCACCCACCAGCUGCCAACAUGGAGUAUAUGAUCUGGGAUGAGCGACUGGCCAGGUCUGCUGAGGCCUGGGCCACCCAGUGCAUCUGGGCCCAUGGGCCCUCACAGCUGAUGAGAUUCGUGGGCCAGAACCUCGCCAUCCAUUCUGGCCGGUACCGCUCGGUGGUCGAUCUCGUGAAGUCUUGGUCUGAGGAGAAGCGGCAUUACUUGUUUCCAGCCCCAAAGGACUGCAGCCCACACUGCCCCUGGCGCUGCAGUGGCCCUGUGUGCUCCCACUACACCCAGAUGGUGUGGGCAUCCUCCAACCGGCUGGGCUGUGCCAUCCACACCUGUGGCAGCAUCAGCGUCUGGGGCAGCACUUGGCACCAGGCAGUGUACUUGGUCUGCAAUUACGCUAUUAAGGGCAACUGGAUCGGCGAGGCUCCAUACAAGAUGGGGAGGCCGUGUUCUGCCUGCCCCCCCAGUUACCAAGGCAACUGCAAUAGCAAUAUGUGCUUCUCUGGGCUCAAAUCCAACCGGCUCCUGUGGUUCUAAAUUUUUCCUGUGCUCUGGCGGGCCUUUAGUGGGCCUGAUCCUCUAAGGGUCCCUCCCUAAAGAUGGGUCAAGGAAAAAAAAAUUUUGAAGACAUGAAUUGGACUCCCUCCACUGAUCAGAAUUUUUCUUCCCGAUUGCAUUUUCUAAAUGUCUAGCAUGUGCCAGAAGAAAACGACUGCCUUGCCUUCCUUCUGUAGUCAGUUGCAUCUUUCUUUUCUCUGGCCUCCAGGAAGGAGGCCUGCGUUUUUAAUUGACUCAUUUCUCAGAGAGCCAUGGUUGGAAGGAACAGUGGCAGCAGUUUUGUGACUCUCAGGUCUCAAACUCACAAGUCUUUUGCCAUCCAAUAAAAGGUAUCUAUGAAAUAACCUUAAUCCUGAAAACCACCUUUAUUAACCAGUUAAUCGCCACCUAGCUUCUGGCUAUUAACCAGAAGACCUGUGAUCCCCUCCUUGAGGCACCCCAAAGUUUGCCAGGGGUAACUCUCUCUGGAUCUAUCCUACCCUUCCCCCCUUUCAGCCUCUCUGCUUUAGUCUCUCCCUUUCAUCUACUUGCCAGCUCUGUCCCUAUCUGUCUUACUCUGUAUUUCUCCUGUAGAAUUCUUUCUCAUUCCCAUUAACCACUUCCCCUUUCCCCACCUUUCCCCACCCAGAUACCAUUAACACACAAAAGUUCUUU